AACAUUCCAACUCUGUUAGCAAUGGCCAGCGUUACAUAUACAGGCUAACACUAGUUUUUAUUGGAUAGUUUUUGCAAUUUUUUAAGUGUCGUCGAUGCGAGGGAGUAGUAUUGCUUUUUGGCAGUAAAGAAAGGUAAAAGCUAUUAUGAUGGAGUGUUUUGGAGUAUCGUCCGUUCAGAACCUGACGGAUCUGUCUGCCUUGUUAGCAACUAGCCAGGAUGAUGACGAUGAUGAAGACUUUAGAAAUGUGACAGCACAGCUGGGCCCUGGACACAUUGGCCCCCCACCCAAAAACGAUAAAGAAGUGUCAACUGGCCAUGUAAUGAAAAACAGCAAAGAUAUCUGGAGAGAAGAAGAGGUGACUGAGGGCUCCCAGUAUGAUGAUCUUGCUGACCAGCGGCCCCAGCCUGAGUAUGAAAUAAUCCUGAAACAGAGUGUGGGGACUGAGGAUCUGUUCUUGGGCUUGAACAGAAAGGACCCAUCCUCCAUGUGCUGUGAAGCGAUGCUGGUGAAAAUCAAACUGCCAGGCACUAAAGCAACAGAUGUGGUCCUGGAUGUAAAGGAAAAGUUCCUUGAUCUACGGACGCUAAAAUAUAAACUGGGUCUUCAUCUCCCACAUCCGAUCCACAGUGACAGGGGAAAGGCUCAGUUCUUCAGUGAGAGGGAAGAACUGGAGGUGACUCUACUAAUGAACCGCCCCAUGGAUGUUAUCAACAUGCAAUGAGAAAGCACGGCAAAAGUCAACAAGCAUUCAAAAAACAUAGAGCAGAUCUGAGACCAGUGUACAGUGGAGAUGACACACACACACACAUUAUUGAACAAAGAAAGAGAUGGUUAGAGAAAUGAUCAGCAUAUGCAUAACCUCUUUGUUUCCUGCAAUUCAUGUUCAUACUCUGUCCUCACUGAUUCCACUGAGAAUUAAAUAUGGUUUUCUAAU